AUGCCAGAUCUCACAGAUUUACCUGCUGAACUCUUCAGCCACAUUCUUCUUCUUGCCUUUGGCGUUGCUCCACGAUAUACAGAGGGCUAUGAUGAUGAAGGAGCUCUUGACACGAAAUCUCGAAGCCGUCUCCUUCUCGUUAAUCGGAAACACUACCUCGCAUUCCUUCCGCUGGUGUACUCCCAAUGGACCUACAAUGGGACCCGACACAACUACAGCGGGCUCUGGAAAUUUUUUCGGACUGCAGUCAAAAACCCCGGUCUAGUAUCUGCGGUGAAGGUGCUCAAUAUCGGUAACUGGGGCCUUUGCGCUCCAUUUUAUCUUGAUAGGAACCGCGAGCUACAGGAUCAGAAUAAAGAGCUACAAUUUACAGUCGCUGACGAGGAGACCGUGAAAACUGCGCUUCAGCGUUCGGGAAUAUCAGGAGAUCUUGCCUACCAGAUUUCUGACGCUAUCUUUGCGGACCGAAGUGAAUAUCGUGAUCGGCGGCCUCUAAUGGCGCUUCUUCUGGCCUGUCUCCCUUGCGUGUGGAAGGUAUAUGCGCACAUACCUGUGUCGGAUCCAUUCCUAGCAGGUGUUUUGCAGGCAGUAAUAGGUCGGCAACGGGCCGGCUCGGGUGGACAGUUGACUUGGCUGCCCAGCCUAGAGGAAUUUCACGUCCUCUGUGAGGUCCCUGGGUAUUUUGAGGAAAGCUCUAAGUUACCCAAUGACGAUAUAUUCGAUCCAUCACUCAAUUUAGGGGAUAUAUGGCCUAUCCUCUAUCUGAAAGGUCUACAUACCGUUCGUCUGUAUGACUUCGAUCCGGACGGGUUCAGCCAGCUGUUCCACCACAAAAUGUAUGGCAGUGGGUCUGAGUGCCGUAUCGAACACCUUCAUAUUGCCACGAAAAGAAAGUCCAUCUGCAGAGAAGAGGAUAUAGCACCGCUGCUUACUUUACCGGUGGCAUUAAGAAGUAUUUCUUUUUCUUGGGAUAACGACAAGGCCAAGACUAAGGAAAAGAUCAACGGCAGGAGGCGCAAUGUCUGGCAGAUAUCCAACAAUCAAUUCUGGGCUGCUAUCCUAAAGUAUAAGGGGACAUUGGAAUAUCUGGAUGCGGAGAUGCUAAUCGGGGGCUGUAUCAAGGACUCAGUGGCUUCAUUUCGACUGAAGGAAACACUACCAGGCACAAUUGAAACCGUGGUUUUAGCUACGGAAGAUACGGUAGAGAACGUUCAUGACCUUCUACUCCAGGUAGAGGAGGUGGCAUCGCAAUUCCCUCAUCUGGCAACCCUUGACUUCACGGAAACCUGGGCCAUAAGCGGCUCUACCACCUCUACCCAAGGAGUAACCCCCGCUAUAUACCAGCCGCUCAAAGAAGCCUGCUAUCACAACGGUGUCCGAUUCAGUACUGCGGGAAUCUGCAGGUCUACAGUCCAAUUGCAAAAAUGCCCUUUCCCUUUGGACGCCGGUUUCCAGUAUGAAGAAAUGUGCGAAAGAGCUACCCGCAAAGCUGCAGGACUCCGGGAAACGCAAUCGCCAUCUCCUGAACCACAUAUUUGGGGCUCUCGAACAAUUGAGAGACACGUCCUCCCAUUCCAUGAUCACGGCGGAAAUACAGCUUUCAUGGUUUUUGAGAAUGAAAAGAACAUUCUUCUUCCCCCUCUGUUUAAUCUCAAUAUCUAUUUCACUCAUUCCGAGGGCCCACCGGCUCAAACCGAUGACAUGGAAGAUGAUCUCCGAGCAAUGCACGCGCGGAUUAGGGCUGACGGUUUCGAUGACGACCACUAUCGACUCGAUGUCUACUUUCUGCCAAAUGCAAGCAGUGAGGAUUGUAUUGCGCAUUAUGAAGCUGAGAAAGCGAGUCGCGAAGAUUCCAUGGGCCUGCGUCUUGAGGCAGAAAUCAGGCUCGACACAGAUUUCCCACCACCGACGAUCCCGCGACUGCCGGGCAUGGUCAAGUUAUACCAUCCCUUAAAAUGUGCUUACUACAGCGGAGUGCUGUUCGUUCAUCCUGGUCGCAGCUGGAGAAACGGCGCGCAGCGCAUGCGCUGCAUCAGAUAUGGAACGGGUUUUGAGCUUGGGCAGGGCUUUGAUGAGGAAUGGUAUGAUAUUAUCCCUGGUACGGGUAUAGGCUUGGGCGAGCUGUUCUGGGAGUUCGCUCGUCAGGAGCGGCAUGAGACUCUUGCUAUUUACCAAGGUGUUACGGAGAAGGGGUGGACGACUUGGUGA